AUGUUGGUAUCCGUUCUACUUGAACUCAAGGGCCCCCCAACGGAACCAGCUUCUUGCCUCGCUGCUUGGGGUGCAACUGAAACAGCAGUUUGUGGCUGCAUCUUUCUUGCUGCAGCAUCUGCUGCUGCUGCAGAAGUGCGUUGGUCUCGGGGCCGACUCGGGAUGAGAAGUGGGGGGAUGCUCCUUCUGCCCCCUGUUCUGCUGCUGGCCCUAGGACAGGCUAUUGAUAUGGCAACAGCAGCAGCAAAGAUGAGCGAGCAUGCUGGCUUUUGGCUCCACAGGGACCCCAGCAAAUUUCCAGUGCAGCAGCUGAUUCUGCUGUGCUGCUGCGGGGCGCUGGUUGGGUAUAUGGCAUUCGUCAAGGGGCUUUUAAGGGUGGGGACAGGGCUCUCUGCUGCCGCUGCUGGCGCUCACUUGCAUGCAGCAUUUGCUGCUGGAGCUGCAGCUGUAACUGCUAAGACGUGCACACUCGAAGUAGCAGCAGCAGAGCAUACGGCAGCAGAAACGGAAGCAGCAGCAGGAGCGCGAAUCCUGCUGCUGCAGCUGCUGCUUUUAAUGUCUUGUACGGCAGCAGCUCCUAAAAACAAAGCAGAGCUGCACGACGAGAGAGAGGAGGAGCAGCAGCUGCUGCUGCAUGCUUUGCGAUGCAUGGUAGGAGCUACAAGCGGCGUGGCUGCAGUGAAGUAUCUAUACACCCGAAUAUCAUCUCCCUUAUCGUGGGGGAUUGCCUUCGAGGAGUUUUUGCCCCACCUUUCCCUCCUUUUGCUGCCAACUAAAUUUCUUGCGAGUUGUUUUUCUCGCUCUGCUGCAUAA